ACAAUUUAACAGAAAACGCGGACAGUUUGUUAACAUACAUUUAUAAAGGAUUUCAAAAAGGCAAGGAAGCAACAACAACACAAUAAGGAUGUCCAGACGAGGUAGUACCGGUCCGACCGGGCUCCGGAGGAAACGGGACAUGGAGGAGCACCAGAAGGAGAGACGACGGGCUCUGCAGGCCCGACACCGGGCCAACCUGGCCACCCUGUUCGAGAAACUCAACACCGUGGUCUGCCCCACAUCCAACAAGAUGCCUGCUAAGUGGAAGAUCUUGGACCACGCCAAAGGAUUUCUGAAAGAGCAGGAAGCCCACCUGAGCAGACUGAUGCUACUGAAAGGGAUAUUCCUCGGUAAUGAAGACGGGCCGUGCAGCUUGGAGGAAGUGAGGGCAGAGUACCGGAGGCUGCAGUCACACAGCAGCUCCCUGCGCUCCAGAAGACCUGGUGGCCACAGGCGUCAUGGCGGGGCUGACGGAGAGGACCUGACUGAGACCAGUGAGGAAGACUCUGAGGAGGAGACUCUGGAUGACUCCGCCCCCUCUCAGACCUCCAUCAACUCUCUAACCAACAUCCUGGAGUUUGAAGGGUACUUGUUGUUCUACAGACAGACACUGGAGAAGUUGGUUUGUAGCGGUGUGCUGAGCCCGGGACAGACUGGUCUGGCUGUAGUAUCUGAAGCUAUCUCAGGCCUGUGGGAUAGCUUCUCUCCAGAGCGCCGGGCAGCCUACCAGACCUGUCCCCCCCAGCAGAGCACCCUGGGCUGGGAAGGGCCGGCAGAGACACCCCCUAAUCCUGUUCCAGACACCCACCUCCACCUCUCGCUCCAGCCCUCCACUCAGGCAAACAGCCAGGCAGCCUCUUCUCCUUCUAGCUAUGAAGAGGAAGUGGCCUCCUGUCUGACUGAGAACCCACUCACACAGUUCUGGGUUGUUCAUCUACAACAGGAAGUGGCCUCCUGUCUGCCUGAGGAAGCAGUCGAUGUUCUGGUCCAGGUUGGCACCAUGUACCCGUGUCAGUCCGGGUUCUCAACGUAUCACCUCUGA